AUGCCUUUCUCCACUGAUGACAUAGCUGCUUCCAUCCGUAAACCAGGUUUCGUCAUUCUCAAGCGGGGUAUCCUUCAGAUCUGGACGGCUGGAGUAGGUGGCUUAAAUGGUCUCCAGGCAGUCGUGGAUUACUGGUUCGCCCAUACUCCCACUGAGGAAGGAAGCUGGGUUCACAAUGUUAGUUACCAAAAUUUCCCGCAGCCGGAGAAGCCUUUAAGGCUAUGGCCAUUCAGCCCUCCAUUGACCUCUAACUCAAGUCCACCACCUGCAGCUCCCUUGGCACAUGCAGAGAGCAUUUCCUCAAUAUCUUCUGUUUCCCUCAGUGCAGCAAACACACCUACAGUUGAGGAUGAUCUUUUGAUUGGAACACUUCCUACAAUUGAAAAACUUUAUGAGACACCACCAGGUGUUUCACGUGGUCCCAGCCCUGUCAGACUUGGAAACCAGGACAUCGUGCCUGUUGCAGUAGCCCUUACUGAAUCUGUUAACGCCUACUUUAAAGGAGCAGAUCCCACAAAAUGUAUUGUGAAGAUCACUGGUGAUAUGACAUUAUCAUUCCCAAGUGGGAUUAUUAAAGUCUUUACCAGCAACCCAUCUCCAGCAGUGCUCUGCUUCAGGGUAAAAAAUACAAGCAAACUAGAGCACAUUCUUCCAAAUGCACAACUUGUAUACAGUGAUCAGUCACAAAGUGACUCUAGUACUAAGGAUUUUUGGAUGAACAUGCAAGCCAUAACUGUCUACCUCAAGAAAUUAUCAGAGCACAAUCCAUCUGCAUCCUAUUAUAAUGCGGAUGUUUUAAAGUAUCAGGUAUCUUCAAAUGACAUCCAGUCCACUCCCUUGAAUCUUGCAAUUUACUGGAAAUGUAAUGCUAGCAUUACUGAUGUGAGAAUGGAUUAUAAAUAUAAUCCAGAGUCUAUGAAUGUGCCUAGUAUGCUGUCUAAUGUGCAGGUUGUGGUACCAGUAGAUGGUGGAGUAAAAGACAUGCAAUCACUUCCACCUGCAAAAUGGAAUGCAGAUCAGAUGAAAGCUUAUUGGAAAAUAUCUAGCAUCUCAGAGAAGUCUGAGAAUGGAGGUUCUGGAUCCCUCAGAGCAAAAUUUGAACUUUCAGAAGGACCCAGUAAACCAGCAACUCUUGCAGUGCAAUUCAUUACUGAAGGAAGCACACUUUCAGGAAUAGAUGUAGAGCUAGUAGGCACUGGCUAUCGACUUUCCCUCCUUAAGAAGAGAUUUGCCUCUGGACGGUAUAUGGCAGACUGCUGAUUAACAUGUGGAAGUCAUUGCAUCAAAGGCGUACAAGAAGCUUGCUCUGCCCUCUCUACUUUUCAAACACUAUUUUUACAUGCAUUCUUUUUUUUUUAAAUGUUGAUCUACUCUGAG